UACACUGCGGGGCAGGCAGCAACGCGAAAGGGGGUGGGGAGAAGAUGGCGGCCGCUGAACUGAGCCGGAGUGGUGGCUGAGGACAGAAACAUUUCACAUCCCUUGUGCUAUGACUUAACAUUUGAGGUGGAAGAACCUUGUGUGGAUGUUCACCGUUCAGCACCAUAAACAGUGGCAGUGAUCUCCAUAAAUGCAAAGAGGACAUUUAAUCAGACAUGAAAUCUUAUACCUCACAAAAUAGAAGAAAGAUUACUGACUAACAAUGCCUGCUAAAAUUGGUACAGAACUGGUUUUUCUAUGAGUUGAUUAACCUUCAUAUGCAGCAUUAUUUGCUAUUGAUUUCUCAAUCAUGGGACGAAAGGGAGUGUGCUGUUGCUGUGCUGCUUUACGACCUCGUUACAAGCGUCUGGUAGAUAACAUAUUUCCGGAAGAUCCAAAAGAUGGACUUGUUAAAGCUGACAUGGAGAAGCUGACUUUCUAUGCUGUUUCUGCACCAGAAAAGCUGGAUCGAAUUGGUGCUUACCUAGCAGAGAGACUGAGCAGAGAUGUUGUCAGACAUCGCUAUGGAUAUGUUUUAAUUGCCAUGGAGGCAUUGGACCAACUUCUAAUGGCUUGCCAUUCUCAAAGCAUAAAGCCAUUUGUGGAAAGCUUUCUUCAUAUGGUGGCCAAGCUUCUGGAAUCAGGAGAACCAAAGCUGCAAGUUCUUGGAACUAAUUCUUUUGUCAAAUUUGCCAACAUUGAGGAAGACACACCUUCAUAUCACAGACGCUAUGACUUCUUUGUGUCUCGAUUCAGUGCCAUGUGUCAUUCAUGUGACCAUGAUCCAGAAACACAAACUGAGAUCCGAAUUGCUGGAAUCAGGGGCAUUCAGGGAGUGGUUCGUAAAACAGUUAAUGAUGAACUCCGAGCAACUAUAUGGGAACCUCAGCACAUGGAUAAGAUAGUACCAUCUCUGCUGUUUAAUAUGCAGAAGAUAGAGGAUGUUGACAGCAGAACUGGCCCUCCAUCCUCUCCUACAGGAGGAGAGAAAGAGGAAAAUCCUGCUUUGUUAGCGGAGAACUGUUUCAGAGAACUAUUAGGAAGAGCAACCUAUGGAAAUAUGAAUAAUGCUGUCAGACCUGUUUUUGCGCAUUUAGACCAUCAUAAGCUGUGGGAUCCCAAUGAAUUUGCUGUUUCUUGCUUCAAAAUCAUCAUGUAUUCUAUACAGGCACAAUAUUCUCAUCAUGUAAUACAAGAAAUUCUUGGACACCUUGAUGCCUGCAAGAAAGAUUCACCACGAGUCCGUGCUGGCAUUAUUCAGGUUCUUUUGGAAGCAGUAGCAAUAGCUGCUAAAGGAUCAAUAGGUCCAACAGUUCUGGAGGUUUUUAACACUUUAUUGAAGCACUUGCGUAUCAGUGUUGACUUUGAGUUGGGUGAUAGACGCAGCUCAGCAGGAAGUGCCACGUUCAGCACAAGUUCCAAGGAGAGUGAUGAGAGGAUUGUCCAGAAUGCUAUUAUUCAAACAAUUGGAUUUUUUGGAAGCAAUCUACCAGAUUACCAGAGAUCAGAAAUUAUGAUGUUCAUUAUGGGAAAAGUACCUGUUUUUGGAGCAACUUCACAGUCACUGGAUACAAGUCACCUUGGGGAUUUGGGAACUAGAAGAAUUCAGAUCAUGUUAUUGAGGUCGUUACUUAUGGUGACUUCAGGAUACAAAGCAAUGACGAUAACUAAUGCACUCCCUGCCCCAUUUCUGGACCCAUUAUUGUCUCCUUCACUAAUGGAGGACUCUGAGCUAAGGCAGCUGGUCUUGGAAAUACUGCAUAAUCUCAUUGAUCGGCAUGACAACAGAGCAAAACUCAGAGGGAUACGAAUAAUACCAGAUGUUUCUGAUCUAAAGAUAAAACGGGACAAAAUUUCAAGGCAAGAUGUGAGCUUCAUGAAAAAGCAUGGUCAGCAGUUAUACAGACACAUCUACUUAGGCUGUAAAGAAGAAGACAAUGUCCAAAAGAACUUUGAGCUGCUGUAUACAUCUCUAGCUCUUAUUACAAUUGAACUAGCUAAUGAAGAAGUGGUUAUUGAUCUUAUUCGAUUAGCUAUUGCUCUCCAGGACGUCGCCAUCAUCAAUGAGGAUAAUCUACCAAUGUUUAAUCGUUGUGGUGUUAUGGCAUUGGUUGCAGCAUAUCUAAACUUUCUGAGCCAGAUGAUUGCAGUCCCUGCCUUCUGUCAGCAUGUCAGCAAGGUCAUUGAAACUAGAAGUCUGGAAGCAUCGUAUUUUCUGCCAGAAACAAUUUUCAAGGACAAAUGCAACCUCCCAAAAUCGUUAGAGAAGCACGAAAAAAAUUUAUUUUUCUUGACAAACAAGAUUGCAGAAUCAUUAGGCGGCAGUGGAUACAGUGUGGAAAGAUUGUCCGUUCCAUACGUACCCCAGGUAACAGAUGAGGACAGACUCUCCAGAAGGAAAAGCAUUGUGGACACAGUAUCUAUUCAGGUGGAUAUUCUACCCGGGAACAACACAGAGGAUAAGAUUGAUAACACUGAAGAAAUCACCUUUGAAGCUUUGAAGAAAGCAAUUGAUAACAAUGGACUUGAAGAACAGGAAAAAGAAAAAAGGCGUCUUGUGAUUGAAAAGUUCCAAAAAGCACCAUUUGAAGAAAUUGCAGCACAAUGUGAAACCAAAGCUAACUUGCUUCAUGACAGACUUGCCCAGAUACUGGAACUCACUAUUCGACCUCCACCCAGCCCCUCAGGAACGAUGACGAUUACUGCUGGACAUGCUCAUUACCAAUCUGUUCCAGUCUAUGAGAUGAAGUUUCCAGAUCUUUGUGUGUAUUAAGUGUCUUCUGAAGUCUGCUGGACAUUAUUUAGAGUAGAGUACAAUAGAAAGAACAAGAUGAGUUCUCAAAUUUUAUUGUUUUUCUUUUUAGCUAAUUUUAAAAUAGUGAUGAACAUGAGCCAAAACCAGAUUACUUUAGCCAACCUCUUGAAUCUGUUCAGUUUCUGUAAGUCUGGUUUUCCUUUUAAGUUAGGUUUUCAUUUGUCACAUUUCUUCAUUUCCAUGUAUGAGUACACAUAGAUGCCAUAUAUAAAACUUGUUGUUUUUUUCACAUUUAUUAAUUCAGUUAUUCUAGCAGUUAGUCUUUCCAUAGAUUCCUUUAGUUUGUAAGUUGCUUUAAUAUGUUAAUUCCUUUUAAUUGAGGGACCCGAGAAAUGCUUUUUCCUUCUUAUUUUUUCUUCUCCAACUGUAUCGUGUGUUGAAAGAAAACCAUAAUAUAUGUAACAGUGGAGUGCUGGCCUAACUCCCUUUUGUUCCUGCUGUUACAGUUGAUUAACUUGUUCUUUUUGUAAUAUAUGGAGGAAAAAAAAGCAGAACUAAACACAGUACCUUACAUGUGUUCAAGUAUAGUAAAUGGACAAAUGGACACUUGUUAAGUAUUUCUGAUGCAUCAUACAAUAUGCUUCUUAGAUAUAUACAACUAGUAUGUAUCCUGUGUUUCUUGCUGUGAGAAUUACUGCUUUGCAUAAAGACAGGAGAAAUCUCUUGAAACACUGAAUUGUGCAAUAUUUUUCACAUCUUAAAAUGUAUAGUUUACAGAUUAUACUUUUGAAAAUGCAGUACUAUUUUACUCUGUCUGCUUUAGUAUAAAUACAAGAGAAGUAUAUUUAGUAUAGCAUAAAAUAAACCGAGGGCAUUUUAAGUCAUAAAUGCAGAGAUUACAGUUAUGUUCUAUGAGGUAUUUCUCUGUCGUUUGUUACAGCUUUUUAGUGAUGUUUUAGAAGUUGAAAGAAAACUGAGUGAAACCAUUUAAAGACCAAGAGUUUAUUAAAUGUGUUUUCAAGCAAAAGCAUUUUUAGAGAUGUGUAUGUUUGUUCAUUUCUGUUUUAUCUCUCAAAUCUUUGUAGAAAUGAAGAAAAUGUGCUAACUUUCAUAGGUUUAUGUAUCUGAGUGUACAUCUGAAAUGAGAGUAAAGUAAAACCAAUCUAGUAGAUCCCUCAGCUUUUGAUGGUAACUGUCAAGGCUGUUUUUGGCUCACUAAAUUCUGCAGACAAAACAAAACAGCCGUAGUUGUUGUCAUGAAUUGUAAAGUUGAAGUCCCAUGGUCUAUCUGAAUCCGAGCCAGCACAAAAAUGUCUUUAUUAAAUGCAAGGCACUUUGGGUAGCCUGCAGUGUAUAAAACAGUGAACACAGGCCGUGAACAAAGUGAUUAACUUCAGUUGGCCCUGCUUUGAGUAGGGGCAUGAUGAGAUGGCAUUCAGAAUCAGAAUUAAUCUCUGGUUGCAUAGUUCUAAGAGCUGGAUGGUGUCUCUCUGAUGGGCAGAGCAGCUAAUUUGCUGACUUUGGGACAUUUACAAACCUGCUGUAAAACAGACUGUUGGAUAUUUGAACCUUUCUACAGCAUGUAUUGCACCAGGCUACUUUUAAAAACCUGAUGGCAGAUGACAACAGAGAAAUUUCAGCUACUUAAACCUAUGAGAUAACGUGCUGAGAAUUUCAGAAAGCUCAAAACUCAAAAGGUAAUUGAGACCUUCUUUUCAGUUUAACAGUGAAAUCACAGCUGUUAGUGGAUGACGAACAGCCCCUUAUCUACAGCAUUCCGUUGUGAUUUUUACUGCUGCAGCUUAUCAGCCUGAUCAGACCACAGCCUACACAUACAUAGACUUCGUUACCACUCUAGCUUAUAGUUUUUCACUUUUUGUUUUUCCUUGUUUGUUUCAUUGGGUUUUUUUUAAAUGUAAGACAGUAGUUUUUUGACCUAUAUAAAGAGUGUAAUUUUUUAAAGAGUAAAUCUAACCUAUGGAUAAAAUGUAAAACACUUAUCCACUGUCAUUUUUUUUAAGAAUAACACUGUGCACUUUUGUACAAAAAGAAAAUAAGGAGUCUAAAGAAUGGGAAAUAAAGAAUGUACUUCUGUUUGCACUCCUGCAGUAUGCAGACUGUGCUGUAAAUACAGGAUUGUUUCAGUGACUGAAUUCUGUUGCAUGAAUGCUGCAUGUGAAAAGUAAAUUCAGCAUUUCAUUUUCUAUUCUUUUCAUGGAAUUCUUCAAUUAUGCUGUAGGUUUCCAUGUUUUUGAAGUUCAAACUCGCUUUAAAUGGGAAAUGCAAGUGUUGUGCAGGUGUUGUGCAGGGUUUGAAGAGCUUUUAACACUGUGUUCACACGAUAUUCAGUUUCUUAUUAUCUGGAAAUCCAGCCAGUCUUGAGUUGGUAGUUGGUUCACAUUGACCAUUUUUGACAGCUGGAAUAUGAGAGUCACUGUAAAAAAAUGUAUUGUUUUGUAACUGUGGUAAUAUGAAGAUAAUGAAUGAAACCAAAUGAGUUAAGGAUACUGUUUGACGGGUUAGAAUUGCUUGUUUCACGUCUUUAUGUUCUUAAAACAAGUUGCAGAACUUGAAAGCAUUGUAUGCAUAUUGGCUCUGCUAUCUGCAAUGCAUCCAGUGCUGUCACAAUGUUUAUACGCUUGUAUCCAGGUGUUCAAACAUAUUCCAGCUUUUGCUUUGUGUUUUCUUUCCAAUUAUGUCAUUUUUAGGGUUUUUGGUAGCAGGUCACUUUUAAAGUAAAUACAAUCCCUGUAUGUUUCAAAAGACAGAAAUAGCCUGUUGUCCGAAAUCAGAGCAGGAAUAUUUUGUCUUUUGUUCUGAUGGUCAUAUAUUCUGUACUGUAUGUAAUGAACCAGUUCAAUAAAUGUAAGAACACACACUGUGCAAUCUAUAUUUAAGCAAUAAAAACAGAAUUUAAAAUAAA